AUGGUGGCAAUCCCGUCGCUGCUCUCCAGCCUAUCAUCACACCACAUCCUUCGCCCACACAUGACCACCGCCCACUUUAAGCCCAUCCCCAACAAUGAACGCGUUGACUUGGCGGGAUUCCGGGUGAAAGAGUCGUCGGAAUGGAGCCGAGACGACGUCGUCGCCUGGAUGCUAGACGUCGCCCGGUCGCAUGAGAUUCCUUUCGAGGAUCUGGACAUGCAUCGCUUCGCCAAUUUUGACGGCAAAUCGAUGCUGCGCCUCUCAGAGACGGCCUUCCUGGAGCUCGACCCGAACUAUGGGGCUCUCCUCUUCCGCGAGUUCCGCAAAGCCUCUUCCGCCUCCGCCGAUGACUCAGUGAUCGACGACGCGAUGCGCAAGUACCGCGAGAGCCUCGACGACGAGCAGCGCGGCGCGGGCGCGCCCGCGCCCGCGCCGCGUACGACAGAUUUGGGGCUGCCGCAUCCGUUGCCACAGAACCACUUCGACCUGUCCGGCAAGGGAUUCCAACUCCCACCACCCCUCCCCCCGCAACACCCCCAUGCCCACCAUCAGCUGAUCGACCCCACGCGGCUGCAGCUGGCACAAUCUCUCGCCGCCGCCAACAGCCUCACCACCCUUCAGAAUUUGUCGACAAAUUUGGGCUUGCAGCAGAUACAGGCGGCCCUAUCCCCGCGCUCGCCAAUGAACACACAGGGUUUGUCGCCUGGUACGGUAGACCUGCUGUCAAAGUACACAUCACAGCAGCCGGGCACCAGUCGAGACGACGAGUACGAUUCCGAUGAAGACGACUCGAAAGUCACUCGAAAUAAGGAUGGCCGACCGCGGAAGCGCUCGCAACACACGAAGGGGAAUAAGCUGUGGGAGUUCAUCCGGGAUGCGCUGAAAGAUUCUUCGACUUGCCCGACCAUCGUCAGGUGGGAAGACCCGAUCGAGGGCGUCUUUCGCAUCGUCGAAUCGGAGAAGCUGGCGCGGCUUUGGGGCGAGAAGAAGAACAACCACAAGAUGACCUACGAGAAGCUGUCCCGGGCGAUGAGAACCUACUACGAGAAGCAGAUUCUGGUGCCGGUGCCGAAAACCGGGCUCUACCCCAAGAAGCUCGUCUACAAGUUCGGCCCCGCGGCCCACGGGUGGCGCGAUCCGAAAUGCUGGUAU